AAUUGGGGAAUUCUAGUUUUUGGGAAGCUGAAGAAACCCUGUGAGCUUUGUUGAUUGUUGUACUCGCGUUUGGUUGCCUUCAACUUGGUGACAAUGGUUAGCGCCACUUUAAGUAGUAUGUCUAGAGCCAGUUUAUGGCUCACAAGGUUCUUUCUGUAUACAGUUAUUCUUGCUUUCUCUAUUGCUAUAGACGGAGUAAUGGGGAAGAAAGGAGACAACGUUUGGAACACAACUCUUUCGUACAAUGGUAGCAUUAUUGAUUUUUGUGCUUUUGGUGCCGCUUCAGUAACUUCCGGAGGAAACCCACACACUUGUAUGUACGUCAUAGCUCUAGCCUCGACAAGCUUUAUCGUAUAUUUCAUUCUCUGGGUGCUUACCAUAGUGGAUGUUUUCUACCGCUUUAUGAGCAGAUACUGGCCAGCGGAACUGUUUACCAAUAUAUGGAUGGUCUGUUGGUGGCUUAUUGGUGCUAUCGUCAUUACCUCCCAGCGUCCGUCAACUUCCGUUGAAAAUACUUUAGGAAUCUCCAAAGAUAUUAAAGCAAUAGAGGGUCUCGCCUGGAUCAACUUCGUGUUUUGCAUCUUUAUGGUGAUAGUCACUUUUACAAAUGGUGCUAUUGAUACUCGGGACCGAGUUGACGCCACUUUUAGCAAAGCAGAGUAUCAUCAGCCUGCAGAACAGGCCGAUGCGUAAUACUGUGAAUGACGCUUGUUUAUUUGAGUUAGUGUUUAGAGUUUGUUUGUUUUUGAUUGAAUUGUGCGACGAAUUCCUAAUGUCCAGUUUCUGGAAACUCGCACGUUUGGAAUGAAACAAGUUUCGUUUAAACGA